AGCCCACCGCCCAAACUCAGGGCCGAAUGCCCCCAUUGGCCAUCAGUAGCCCACAACUGAAUCCACACUCCUCACAGCUAAUUGUCUCCAUCCUCUCGAUUGCCUCUCUCCCUCUCUGUCUCUCUCUGCUGAAAAUCUUUACAAGGGAGGAAACCAGAGGGAGGGGAGGAGAGGGAAAGAGAGAGAGUGAGAGAAUAUGGAGAGGCUUAUCUGCAAUUCUAAACCCAUUCCCUCCAAGCUACUCCCACCAAGCCCUUCUUCCCAUCGUCUAUAUCCACUCCGCCAACUCCAAGCCCCAAAACAAGGCCUUCCGCCUUCCCCCCGCCGCUUCACCGCCCAUCUCCGCCUUCCCCCCCACCACCACUCUUCUUCGGCAAUCAACCACUCUCUUUUUCCCCAUAACCACUCCAUCGUUGAACCUUCUUCUUCAGAUGGGUCGAAACCCACACCCCAUGUUCUCGCACGACUCACCCAAACCUCCUCCGCCCCAAGAAAGGCUGUUGCUGCUGGAACAGUUGUACUACUUUCAGCCCUCAUUGUUAUAUUAAUUCAUCCGGUAAUUGUAUCACCGGCUUUUGCUACAUUUCAAAGUGCGGCUACAGCUGGCGCUGCAGCUGCAGCAGGAAGAGGACUCUUCCGUUCCGAAUUACUAACUAGUGCCUGGACCGGUUUCUUUGCCGGUUGCCUACACACGCUAUCAGGACCCGACCACCUUGCUGCUUUGGCUCCACUCUCUAUUGGGCGCAGUCGAAUGGAGAGUGCCAUGGUAGGAGCUCUGUGGGGCUGCGGUCAUGAUGCCGGACAAGUCAUUUUUGGAUUGCUUUUCCUCGUUCUGAAAGAUCGCCUCCACAUUGAAAUUAUCAGAACAUGGGGCACGAGAGUCGUGGGCUUCACCCUGCUCGUUAUCGGUGCCAUGGGAAUCAGGGAAGCUUCUGAGGUCCAUUCUCCAUGUGUUGUCCUGGAAAGUGGUGAAUGUGAUGUUAGCGUAUACGGAACUCUUGAAAACCCAAUUGGGAAGAAAAAAGAGAUCGGGUUUGCAACCUUCGCCACAGGUAUUGUACACGGUCUGCAGCCGGACGCACUGAUGAUGGUCUUGCCCGCCCUGGCGUUGCCUUCUCGCGUGGCUGGGGCUGCAUUUCUUGGCAUGUUCUUGCUUGGAACAGUAGUUGCAAUGGGAACUUACACUGUAUUUAUAGGGUCCUGUAGUGAGGCAUUAAAAGAGAGGGUACCUAGAAUAACUGAGAAGCUCACAUGGGCUUCUUCUCUUGUAGCAAUUGGCCUUGGAUUUGCCAUCAUCCUUAGCCAGUUCUUCGGGUUCAGCCUGUACUAAUUUAAGCUUGGCAUUUCACUAGUUUCAUCAGCCUUGAAGAGAUUCUGAAAAGGAUUCAUGGAUGGUAGCAGCAAAUAGUAGUGGUUUUUGUUACAGCUGAUUCUGAUCAUGUAGAUGAGAAUCGUCGUUUUCUUGCUUAUUACAUAUGCACGCUUGGACAUUUGUAAUUUUAUUCAGGGAUGUAGCUGUUUGUAAUCUUGGGCUGCCAUGGAAUGCAUGCUGAUUUGGAAAUACUAGCGGCUCGCAUAAACCGGAUUGGAAGUUUUCACAAA